AUGGCCAGGAAUAAAACAUACACUUCUUUUGCUAUAUGCAAUUUUGACUACUCGGACAAGUACAGAGUCCUGACGUUACAAAUCAUGGAUUGUUAUAUUAACCCGAUAGUGUCCAUCCUUGGUUUCAUCGCCAACAUGAUGAGCAUUGAGAUCCUUCGACGCAGUGGACUCAACAAAUCUUCCAACAUUCUUCUCCUGGGCCUCGUCGUCUCAGACAGCAUGUCCCAGAUGACCACCAUGAACUUCGCCAUCAUCUUGGAAACGUUUGGUCCUAACUGGGAAUACCCGGAGCUGUGUGGUUGGCAGUAUGGAGACGAGUUAAACUACUUUCUACUAGUGUGUAACAUAGUAUUCAAAUUUUUGGGGUUUUGGGGUCAGUACGUGAACACUGCAGUGCCUGUCCUGAUUGUUGUAGAGAGAGUCUUGGCUGUUUUCAAACCACUGGCGUUUCGAAACAUUGUGACCCGACGGGCAGUGGUAGUUGGCGUGGUGUCUACGUAUAUAUUCUGGUUACCUUGGUCAGUUUUCUGGAUGACUAUUUACAAUGUCAGCAUUUUGAUGUCAAAGGUCAUGUUCUUGAGUAGAGAUACAUUUCUUAUUAAGGAAAUGACAGUAUUCACAGUAUUCUAUUUCUAUGUUUGUGAUAUACUGUCCUCUUGGUUCCCCAUGUCAUUUGUCAUAAUGGGAUGUAUCCUGACUUGGGUCAAAGUGAAGAGGACCUUAAAUCAACGUAAAAAGCUGACCGCUGCCGGUCAACGUGUUCAGUGGUCAAAGAAGACCACCCGAACCCUCUUGACCACGUGCAGUAUUUUUUCAAUAACACAUGUGGUCUACUCUGUCAUGAACUAUUUGAUCCCAGACGAUGACCUUUUAAUUCAUUAUAUAAAACUGGAUUUCAUGAGCCUUGUCUAUCUAAUCAACACAUCCAGCAACUUUUUUGUGUAUGUCCUGGCCAACAGAAAGUUGAUGAACGUAUUUAGACAAAUUAUGCAUUUUGAUCGUCACCAAGUUUAG